AUGAAGUUUAAAAUUCAGUAUUUUAGGCCAAAUCACCAGAAAGGGUUUCUACCCGGGAUUUCUGGAUGCCUAGAACACAACACCUUGCUGUCGGAGAGUUUGAAAGAUGCUAGGAAAAGCGAGCGGCAAAUUACAGUUUGUUGGAUAGACUUAGAGAACGCGUUCGGGUCGAUACAACACGAGUUGAUGCUAUUCGCGCUUAGAUGGUAUAACUUUCCACCCUUAGUUAGCGAUAUGAUUGCGUCGUAUUACUCAAAAUUAAAGUUUUCUAUUAUAACUAAAGAAGGCCCUUCAAAAAGUUUGAGUUACAAUGUAGGACUAUUCCAAGGGUGCUGUUUAUCUCCAAUAGUAUUUAAUAUUGUAAUCAAUAUCCUAGUAGAUAAACUUAUCAGCAAUGAGAAAAAAUGGGGGUAUCGGUUUAAGUUCAAUAACAAAUACACGGAAUCCAUUUUAGCCUUCGCUGACGAUCUCGCAAUACUGACACGUCACCCCAAACACUGUCAAGUACUAUUGGAUGAAGUGGAUAAAUUCUGUGAGUGGACGGAUGGAUUGAGGACAAAACCAAGUAAAUGUCACUGUCUGUGUCUUGGUAGGCGGAAUACAAGAUACACCUCAUACGAUCCGGGACUAUCGAUAGGCGGUCAAUGCGUUUCUACGGUUACGGAAAAUGCACCAUUCAAGUUUCUCGGUCGUAAGAUUGAUAAUAUAGGUCGUACUCCAUCUUUAGAAGGAAUAGUAGAUAGCUUUUUAAAUGAUCUCAACAAGGUAGAUAGCCAGCAGAUCAGUAACGUAAAAAAAGCAUGGAUCUACGAUAAUUACUUAACUUCACGUUUGAAUUGGCCUUUCCUCGUCUAUGAUUUUAGUAAAACCCUUUUAUCUAAAUUAGAUGCAGGCGUCAUAAAGAUGUUGAAGUUGUGGCUCGGGCUCGCGCUAACGGCUGAUUCAUCGGCUUUAUUCAGGGAUCGUAAUAGUUUUGGGAUGAAUCUAAAAAGACCAUCGGAGCUCUACAAACACCUAAGAGUUUCCAAGAGACAUAUCCUGGGAAAAUCCCAUGAUGACGUCGUUACAUCACUCCCAAAAGACAAUGAUGCCCCAGAGCUAGAGUCACGACUUCAAUUCCAUAAACAAUUUAUGAUCGGAGCGCAAAAUAACAGAGUAGGGUUAGGAUCAAGUAGGAAAGUCCAAGAUACGGAUAUAUUGAAGUCUUUUAUUCGGCAAGACGAGAACGAUAAAUACAAGAUCCAUGCAAUGAGUUUAGAAAUGCAGAACGAGUGGUUAGACAUAGGAGAUUUUUGCAUUCCACUAGCACUAAAAUGGCGCACCCUAAUUCAUGACUGGUCGCCAGCCUUGCUAAAAUUUUAUCUCAAUGCGUUCCAGAUGACUCUCCCAGAUCAGAGUAAUUUAGUAAGAUGGGGUAAAGGUACCGAAAAAACUUGCUAUAUCUGCGGAAAGGCAGUUGGAACUGCCAAGCAUUUGCUGGUGGGAUGUAAGGUUCUCCUGGACAGCGGUCAAUACUCGCGUCGUCACGAUAGGGUUUUAGAGAUCAUACGUGAAGCGGUUAGUCUUUCGGUAGCCAGAGCGCAAAGGGAAAUAACCACAAACGAGCGAUCAAUAGGUUUUGUGAGAGAGGGCACCAGGGCUAUAAAAUCAAACGUCAAGCCUUACUCUAUCCUUAAAGCGGCUUCGGAUUGGACUAUCAUGAUGGAUACGUAUGAGAAACAAUACAAUAUCCCCGAGGAUAUUUGUGCGUCGGUCUCCAGACCAGACAUAUUUCUAUAUUCGCGUAUUUUAAAGCGCGUUGUGAUGAUAGAGCUUACGGUGCCUUGGGAAACCAACAUCCCCAAAGACCAUGCCAUCAAGGUCAAUAAGUAUUACGAGCUCACUAACGAACUAACUCGAAAUAGGUUCGUCGUUGAUUUGUACGCGGUAGAGGUGGGAGCGAGAGGUAUAACAGCUAAAUCUCUCUAUAACCUACUAAAAGACUUGGGCCUGUCCAGAAGUAACAUUAAUUCAUUCUUAGAACGUACGUCGAAGGCAGCCCUAGUAGGUUCUUUUCAAAUUUGGUUAGGUAGGGAGAGGAACUUGGACAGUGGAGGUGAGCGUAUAACGCGCGUUAUCCGAGAGGGGGGGCGGAAGAUCUGUCCACCGGUCGAUUUAAACGGCGAAAACGGCGCGAAUACGGACUUGAAAUGCCCUACGUGCGGGAAAAAUUACAAGAGACGAGCCUGGUACAUUAAACACCUAAAAACACAUAAUGGUGUUGAAGCACGACAAUCGUUGGUAAGUUCUUCAAUUAUCACUUCGGAUAGAGUUGACCCUCACGUAUCCCAUGGUGAACCAUUAACUGGAAACCACCAGGAGUCCAUUAACAUCCGGACACGUCUUAGCAUUCCAAACAUGAAACAAUCGACUUGGAAAGUUCACGACGACAAUUUAGCGGUCCUGUUAGAGCAUCCGGGCUCGAAGCAGGAAUUCAACUCGCAGGUAGAAACUUUCCAGAAUACCGUUUAUGACUACUUCAACGAGCAAUAUCCACCACGUAAUCAUUACGCUCGCAAAAAUAAAGAAAAUUCCUUCAAGAUAAAAAUGAGGAAGAAAAAACGGGAGUUAGUAAAAAAUCUACGUAUAGCCAAAGCUCUAGGCGACAACCACCUUAGUCAUCAGCUAGCUAGGGCGUUAAGGUCAAUCCUUAAAUUAAUUCAAGGAAUAUCGGCACAAACUGCAGAAUAUCGCGAACGCGGACAGCUUCUCUUGACCAACGAUCAAAUUUACGACCAUUUCAAGAGCACAUACGAAGUGCCUAAAAGUGUAAGGCUCUAUACGGAUCCAAACGAACAAAAACCGGAAAUUCCUCAUAUCGAUUUUCACGGCAUACCACCAACGUUAGACGAAAUAAGUAGUCACAUAAAGAGGAAAUCUACUAAAUCUGCACCGGGCCCCGAUGGUAUCCCAUAUAUAGUCUUUAAAAAAUGUCCAUCGGUUCGUAAACACCUCAUAAAUAUAUACGGCAAAAUCUGGUCAAGGAAGCAAAUCCCGGAGUGUUUCGGGAAAGCAAUGUUUGUCCUCAUUCCCAAAAAAGAUCGAGUUACCGAUCCGAAAGAUACUAGACCGAUAGCCUUAACAAAUACAAUAUCUAAAAUCUUUUUCUCGGUCCUACAAACGAGAAUGACGCGAUUCAUGCUCAGCAAUAAGUAUUUUAGGCCAAAUCACCAGAAAGGGUUUCUACCCGGGAUUUCUGGAUGCCUAGAACACAACACCUUGCUGUCGAAGAGUUUGAAAGAUGCUAGGAAAAGCGAGCGGCAAAUUACAGUUUGUUGGAUAGACUUAGAGAACGCGUUCGGGUCGAUACAACACGAGUUGAUGCUAUUCGCGCUUAGAUGGUAUAACUUUACACCCUUAGUUAGCGAUAUGAUUGCGUCGUAUUACUCAAAAUUAAAGUUUUCUAUUAUAACUAAAGAAGGCCCUUCAAAAAGUUUGAGUUACAAUGUAGGACUAUUCCAAGGGUGCUGUUUAUCUCCAAUAGUAUUUAAUAUUGUAAUCAAUAUCCUAGUAGAUAAACUUAUCAGCAAUGAGAAAAAAUGGGGGUAUCGGUUUAAGUUCAAUAACAAAUACACGGAAUCCAUUUUAGCCUUCGCUGACGAUCUCGCAAUACUGACACGUCACCCCAAACACUGUCAAGUACUAUUGGAUGAAGUGGAUAAAUUCUGUGAGUGGACGGAUGGAUUGAGGACAAAACCAAGUAAAUGUCACUGUCUGUGUCUUGGUAGGCGGAAUACAAGAUACACCUCAUACGAUCCGGGACUAUCGAUAGGCGGUCAAUGCGUUUCUACGGUUACGGAAAAUGCACCAUUCAAGUUUCUCGGUCGUAAGAUUGAUAAUAUAGGUCGUACUCCAUCUUUAGAAGGAAUAGUAGAUAGCUUUUUAAAUGAUCUCAACAAGGUAGAUAGCCAGCAGAUCAGUAACGUAAAAAAAGCAUGGAUCUACGAUAAUUACUUAACUUCACGUUUGAAUUGGCCUUUCCUCGUCUAUGAUUUUAGUAAAACCCUUUUAUCUAAAUUAGAUGCAGGCGUCAUAAAGAUGUUGAAGUUGUGGCUCGGGCUCGCGCUAACGGCUGAUUCAUCGGCUUUAUUCAGGGAUCGUAAUAGUUUUGGGAUGAAUCUAAAAAGACCAUCGGAGCUCUACAAACACCUAAGAGUUUCCAAGAGACAUAUCCUGGGAAAAUCCCAUGAUGACGUCGUUACAUCACUCCCAAAAGACAAUGAUGCCCCAGAGCUAGAGUCACGACUUCAAUUCCAUAAACAAUUUAUGAUCGGAGCGCAAAAUAACAGAGUAGGGUUAGGAUCAAGUAGGAAAGUCCAAGAUACGGAUAUAUUGAAGUCUUUUAUUCGGCAAGACGAGAACGAUAAAUACAAGAUCCAUGCAAUGAGUUUAGAAAUGCAGAACGAGUGGUUAGACAUAGGAGAUUUUUGCAUUCCACUAGCACUAAAAUGGCGCACCCUAAUUCAUGACUGGUCGCCAGCCUUGCUAAAAUUUUAUCUCAAUGCGUUCCAGAUGACUCUCCCAGAUCAGAGUAAUUUAGUAAGAUGGGGUAAAGGUACCGAAAAAACUUGCUAUAUCUGCGGAAAGGCAGUUGGAACUGCCAAGCAUUUGCUGGUGGGAUGUAAGGUUCUCCUGGACAGCGGUCAAUACUCGCGUCGUCACGAUAGGGUUUUAGAGAUCAUACGUGAAGCGGUUAGUCUUUCGGUAGCCAGAGCGCAAAGGGAAAUAACCACAAACGAGCGAUCAAUAGGUUUUGUGAGAGAGGGCACCAGGGCUAUAAAAUCAAACGUCAAGCCUUACUCUAUCCUUAAAGCGGCUUCGGAUUGGACUAUCAUGAUGGAUACGUAUGAGAAACAAUACAAUAUCCCCGAGGAUAUUUGUGCGUCGGUCUCCAGACCAGACAUAUUUCUAUAUUCGCGUAUUUUAAAGCGCGUUGUGAUGAUAGAGCUUACGGUGCCUUGGGAAACCAACAUCCCCAAAGACCAUGCCAUCAAGGUCAAUAAGUAUUACGAGCUCACUAACGAACUAACUCGAAAUAGGUUCGUCGUUGAUUUGUACGCGGUAGAGGUGGGAGCGAGAGGUAUAACAGCUAAAUCUCUCUAUAACCUACUAAAAGACUUGGGCCUGUCCAGAAGUAACAUUAAUUCAUUCUUAGAACGUACGUCGAAGGCAGCCCUAGUAGGUUCUUUUCAAAUUUGGUUAGGUAGGGAGAGGAACUUGGACAGUGGAGUCCGAGAGGGGGGGCGGAAGAUCUGUCCACCGGUCGAUUUAAACGGCGAAAACGGCGCGAAUACGGACUUGAAAUGCCCUACGUGCGGGAAAAAUUACAAGAGACGAGCCUGGUACAUUAAACACCUAAAAACACAUAAUGGUGUUGAAGCACGACAAUCGUUGGUAAGUUCUUCAAUUAUCACUUCGGAUAGAGUUGACCCUCACGUAUCCCAUGGUGAACCAUUAACUGGAAACCACCAGGAGUCCAUUAACAUCCGGACACGUCUUAGCAUUCCAAACAUGAAACAAUCGACUUGGAAAGUUCACGACGACAAUUUAGCGGUCCUGUUAGAGCAUCCGGGCUCGAAGCAGGAAUUCAACUCGCAGGUAGAAACUUUCCAGAAUACCGUUUAUGACUACUUCAACGAGCAAUAUCCACCACGUAAUCAUUACGCUCGCAAAAAUAAAGAAAAUUCCUUCAAGAUAAAAAUGAAGAAGAAAAAACGGGAGUUAGUAAAAAAUCUACGUAUAGCCAAAGCUCUAGGCGACAACCACCUUAGUCAUCAGCUAGCUAGGGCGUUAAGGUCAAUCCUUAAAUUAAUUCAAGGAAUAUCGGCACAAACUGCAGAAUAUCGCGGUAAUUUUGACCGGGCCAAACAGGAAGUAGAUUUUGAUAAAAACCCUUUUGAGUAUUCGAAAACCAUUUUUAAGAAAGAACGCGGACAGCUUCUCUUGACCAACGAUCAAAUUUACGACCAUUUCAAGAGCACAUACGAAGUGCCUAAAAGUGUAAGGCUCUAUACGGAUCCAAACGAACAAAAACCGGAAAUUCCUCAUAUCGAUUUUCACGGCAUACCACCAACGUUAGACGAAAUAAGUAGUCACAUAAAGAGGAAAUCUACUAAAUCUGCACCGGGCCCCGAUGGUAUCCCAUAUAUAGUCUUUAAAAAAUGUCCAUCGGUUCGUAAACACCUCAUAAAUAUAUACGGCAAAAUCUGGUCAAGGAAGCAAAUCCCGGAGUGUUUCGGGAAAGCAAUGUUUGUCCUCAUUCCCAAAAAAGAUCGAGUUACCGAUCCGAAAGAUACUAGACCGAUAGCCUUAACAAAUACAAUAUCUAAAAUCUUUUUCUUGGUCCUACAAACGAGAAUGACGCGAUUCAUGCUCAGCAAUAAGUAUUUUAGGCCAAAUCACCAGAAAGGGUUUCUACCCGGGAUUUCUGGAUGCCUAGAACACAACACCUUGCUGUCGGAGAGUUUGAAAGAUGCUAGGAAAAGCGAGCGGCAAAUUACAGUUUGUUGGAUAGACUUAGAGAACGCGUUCGGGUCGAUACAACACGAGUUGAUGCUAUUCGCGCUUAGAUGGUAUAACUUUCCACCCUUAGUUAGCGAUAUGAUUGCGUCGUAUUACUCAAAAUUAAAGUUUUCUAUUAUAACUAAAGAAGGCCCUUCAAAAAGUUUGAGUUACAAUGUAGGACUAUUCCAAGGGUGCUGUUUAUCUCCAAUAGUAUUUAAUAUUGUAAUCAAUAUCCUAGUAGAUAAACUUAUCAGCAAUGAGAAAAAAUGGGGGUAUCGGUUUAAGUUCAAUAACAAAUACACGGAAUCCAUUUUAGCCUUCGCUGACGAUCUCGCAAUACUGACACGUCACCCCAAACACUGUCAAGUACUAUUGGAUGAAGUGGAUAAAUUCUGUGAGUGGACGGAUGGAUUGAGGACAAAACCAAGUAAAUGUCACUGUCUGUGUCUUGGUAGGCGGAAUACAAGAUACACCUCAUACGAUCCGGGACUAUCGAUAGGCGGUCAAUGCGUUUCUACGGUUACGGAAAAUGCACCAUUCAAGUUUCUCGGUCGUAAGAUUGAUAAUAUAGGUCGUACUCCAUCUUUAGAAGGAAUAGUAGAUAGCUUUUUAAAUGAUCUCAACAAGGUAGAUAGCCAGCAGAUCAGUAACGUAAAAAAAGCAUGGAUCUACGAUAAUUACUUAACUUCACGUUUGAAUUGGCCUUUCCUCGUCUAUGAUUUUAGUAAAACCCUUUUAUCUAAAUUAGAUGCAGGCGUCAUAAAGAUGUUGAAGUUGUGGCUCGGGCUCGCGCUAACGGCUGAUUCAUCGGCUUUAUUCAGGGAUCGUAAUAGUUUUGGGAUGAAUCUAAAAAGACCAUCGGAGCUCUACAAACACCUAAGAGUUUCCAAGAGACAUAUCCUGGGAAAAUCCCAUGAUGACGUCGUUACAUCACUCCCAAAAGACAAUGAUGCCCCAGAGCUAGAGUCACGACUUCAAUUCCAUAAACAAUUUAUGAUCGGAGCGCAAAAUAACAGAGUAGGGUUAGGAUCAAGUAGGAAAGUCCAAGAUACGGAUAUAUUGAAGUCUUUUAUUCGGCAAGACGAGAACGAUAAAUACAAGAUCCAUGCAAUGAGUUUAGAAAUGCAGAACGAGUGGUUAGACAUAGGAGAUUUUUGCAUUCCACUAGCACUAAAAUGGCGCACCCUAAUUCAUGACUGGUCGCCAGCCUUGCUAAAAUUUUAUCUCAAUGCGUUCCAGAUGACUCUCCCAGAUCAGAGUAAUUUAGUAAGAUGGGGUAAAGGUACCGAAAAAACUUGCUAUAUCUGCGGAAAGGCAGUUGGAACUGCCAAGCAUUUGCUGGUGGGAUGUAAGGUUCUCCUGGACAGCGGUCAAUACUCGCGUCGUCACGAUAGGGUUUUAGAGAUCAUACGUGAAGCGGUUAGUCUUUCGGUAGCCAGAGCGCAAAGGGAAAUAACCACAAACGAGCGAUCAAUAGGUUUUGUGAGAGAGGGCACCAGGGCUAUAAAAUCAAACGUCAAGCCUUACUCUAUCCUUAAAGCGGCUUCGGAUUGGACUAUCAUGAUGGAUACGUAUGAGAAACAAUACAAUAUCCCCGAGGAUAUUUGUGCGUCGGUCUCCAGACCAGACAUAUUUCUAUAUUCGCGUAUUUUAAAGCGCGUUGUGAUGAUAGAGCUUACGGUGCCUUGGGAAACCAACAUCCCCAAAGACCAUGCCAUCAAGGUCAAUAAGUAUUACGAGCUCACUAACGAACUAACUCGAAAUAGGUUCGUCGUUGAUUUGUACGCGGUAGAGGUGGGAGCGAGAGGUAUAACAGCUAAAUCUCUCUAUAACCUACUAAAAGACUUGGGCCUGUCCAGAAGUAACAUUAAUUCAUUCUUAGAACGUACGUCGAAGGCAGCCCUAGUAGGUUCUUUUCAAAUUUGGUUAGGUAGGGAGAGGAACUUGGACAGUGGAGGUGAGCGUAUAACGCGCGUUAGUUAA